CCGACUUGGUCAAAAUAUUUUAUUUUUCUCCAACAAAAUCGCGAAUUUUCUAAAGAUUGGGCAUCAAUUAAAACUAACAAUUCAGCAAAAGUUUGAGGUAAAGGAACUGGAGGGUGAAACUUAAGAUAUAAGAAUUUACAUCUUUACUUCUCUAAUAUAAUCGGCGAAACCUUGGUUGUUGCCAAGGAAGCUUUCUGAUUUCUCUCUCGUUCUGUCAAAAUCGACAAUGUAGUAGCGUACAGAGACUCCACCAUACAUUUUCAAUACAUACACCUGAAGGAGCAGUGCUGUGCUGAUCGACAGUUGCUACAUCUAACCUGUUGCCUUAAGUUAACUUAGAGUGUGACCACUAGAUAAUUGACUUAAUGUCCUGGUGCUUGCUAUUUGAAUGACAAGACAACAAGAAGAUGAAUUCGACAGAAGAAGGACUUUCGUUAAUGAUAACAGAAUUGAUCGAGGAUCUGCAGAAGUCAGUCAUCUAUUCUCAGUUGCAGAAAGCUGCUAGGUUUGAAGUCAGCAAACCAGGAUUGCGACUUGUUGAUUUGAAAAAAGGUGUCCAACAAGCGCUGAUAAGUUCAGGAUGGGAGAGGAAGUUAAGGAAUGAAGUGUAUCGCUUCAUGCAGAAAGCUGUUCAGCCACCACACCCAGCUGUCCCUUUGGAAUGUUCAAAGGAGCCGCUUGCAUUUCUCAGAAAGGCUCAGUUAAAUUGGGAGAAGCGAAUUCUGAAGAGUCUGAACUCCAUGUGUACGGAACUGAACACACCGCUGGCGAAAAAGAGGUCAGAAAAGGACCAGAAAGAACUCGCUGCCAGAUGGACGGAAAUUGGAGCUGAUUUACCUGAUCUGUCUUCCUUCCGACCUGUUUAUGCUCCGAAAGAUUUCCUGGAAGUCUUGGCGAGCGUGAAGAACACAAACUGUGUCAGUGGUGAUGGAACAGUGGGUUUUCAGAACAUGUGGGGUAUCAUUCAAGUGAAUUUAAAAAUCAAAGAUAUACAUGGACUGCGUCUUCGUUACAACGAGAUGUCAAUCAAUCAGUGUCAGACAGGCGUUGACGACAGUCAAGAUAUUCCACUGGAACUGUUUGAACAAGAGAGGACGAAGCUGGCCAAGAAAGUGCUGGCUGUCAGUCACAGUCCUCUCACUCAAGAGUUUGCCAAGAAAGGUUGUCCUAUCGGUCAGAGGGCAGAACUGUGGUGUCAAAUGUUAGGAGUCACUAUGGAUGACAUCGACCGCCUAUACUAUGAACAGUUAAAACAAUAUGUGUUACAACACGAGCUCCUCAUCGAUACACUCAUCCAUAAGGACGUCAAACUGACUGCCACGAAUGACGACCAGUACUUUGUCUUCGAGGAUUAUCUCUAUCAGAUUCUCCUGCCAUUUGCUCGAGACACUGCUGUCCUGGAACAUUUCAAAUCUAGUAGUGCAAAUCCACCAAAGGCCUUUAUUCGAGGGAAAUUGGGAGAUGAAGAAUUUGCCGUGAAUUACCCUCCGAAUGGCAUUAUACCAUUUCAUGGAUUUGCCAUGUACGUGACGCCAAUGUGUUACAUCUACAACGACCCGGUCAAACUCUACUUCAUCUUUAGGGAGAUGUAUCUGAGAUAUUUUUGUAAACUCCAUACGAUCUCGUCACAUCCAGAGGGAAUCAUGUCAUUGUGUCGACUGUUUGAAGACCUGCUGCAGACCCAUGAACCCCAGCUCUUCCAGCAUCUCAAGUCGUGUGGCAUACAGCCACUGAAGGUCGCUUUCAAAUGGAUGUUUCGAGCAUUCUCCGGUUACCUCGCCAGCGACCAAGUCCUCCUUCUGUGGGAUAGAAUCCUUGCCUAUGGUUCGUUAGAAAUAUUGGCUGUCCUAGCCUUUGCAAUCUUUUCAUUCCGUAAGACGAAUCUGAUGCAGGUUGAGGCCUACUCUGCGUCUGAGGCUGUUCUUGCUGACCUUACCACGCUAAAAGUGAUUCCACUCAUUCAGCUGAGUUUGUUCACAAUAUGAAAACUGAGCUGGCUGAAAAAAUAUGGCGUUGAAGAUUGAAGAUUGUCUAUGACGAUACACUGUACUUCUGAAUGAUAGUUCACAACAAUGUCCAUACUCUAUGUGUGCAUUCCGAGGAGGAGAUUGAGGCUCAUCAUUUGCGACAUCAUCAUGUCACACAGCCAUGUGGCCAUUGGGGCUAUCCUGCACUGCUGACAAUCCAGCACACGUCAUGGUUCUGUCCUCAGUGAGAGAGCAUGUCAAAAUCAAUCUGAAUGGCAAAUGCAUUUCUUGUAACAAGUUCAAUUAUUGUGAGCUUCUUGAACUUUUAGUGAACACUUGCUGAGCUUGAUAUCUGUGUUAGUAUCUGCUUUAGAUUCAAACUACGCAUCAUAAUAGGCCGAUCAAUUUCAGAACAACAUUUAAUUUUUGGACCUAGGUUUUUACCCCGCUGUAAUAAUGUUCACAUUGUAUUCACUCAAUUUGGUGAGGUAAUGUUAAUGUGUGUCUGUGAAUGGCAGACACACAUCAAAUGAACACUUUCCAAUAAAAUCUUAUUCAUCAAA